AUGUCGGAACAGGACCCUCUUCUGCCGUCUUACAGCACCGAUGAGUCUGCUGAGGCUCAGCCGCGCAAGUACGCGACCUGGAAAGAGCGCACCGCCGACUUCCUCGAGUCCCGACUCCUGCACAAAGCCGUCAUCACUCUGGCGUCAUGUGUGCUCGCCGAUCUCAGCUACACUUUCCUGAACGAAACAUGCAUGCCCGACGAAGAAACCCAGCCAUUAUGGCUUACCGUGCUCUCCCACAUCUCGCUCGCUAUCACGACAUUCUUCCUUGUGGAAAUACCCAUCACCAUAUGGUCGUUUGGGCCAAGGUUCUACACGCCUGGCUCGCGCAUCACACAUUCAUCACUGCAUUUCUUUGAUGCCGUGGUGAUCAUCACCACGUUUGUCUUCGAGGUCGUCCUUCGCGGGCGUGAGAGGGAGCUGGCUUCACUACUAAUCAUCCUUCGUCUGUGGCGUCUUGUCAAACUGGUACAAGGUAUUGCUGUCAGCGCCGGCGAAAUUGAAGAGGAGAAUGCGAGACUUCUUGAAGAGACUCGCCAAGAGCUCGAAGGAUUGAUGGUAGCUCUUGCAGAUACCCGGGAGGAUAACAAGAAAUUGCGUGCUCGGAUUAGGCUGCUCGAAAGCGAGCAAGCCUAA